GAGCUAGCCAAGCCGAUUAGCCUGCUACCACCAGCUAAUGUUUGUAGGAUAUUUAAUGAUAGCUGAAUUGGAGUGGAUGAUACAAAUAGUGUAGAAAAAUGGCGGACGUCGAGGGACAAGGAAUUUGUUCAGCGGUCCCUCCGUUGCCUCACCCUUCCUCUCGUAACGGCUCCGGUAGCGGUAACGUUACACCGGGCACCGGCGGCAGCUGCCAGACGGCAACCACCGUUACUUCAGGCCCACGGCUUGUUCGGAUAGUGAAGUCUGACUCGGGCUAUGGUUUCAAUGUUCGGGGACAAGUUAGCGAAGGAGGGCAGCUACGGAGCAUUAACGGGGAACUGUACGCUCCACUGCAGCAUGUUAGUGCUGUUCUACCGGGAGGUGCCGCCGACAGAGCCGGUAUUUCGAAGGGGGACAGGAUUCUUGAGGUAAAUGGAGUGAAUGUAGAGGGAGCGACCCAUAAGCAAGUAGUUGACCUGAUCCGGGCCGGGGAAAGGGAGCUGGUGCUGGCCGUUCUGCCAGUCCCACCCCAGGAGGCUGACUGCUUGGAUCCCGGGGACGAUGGUUCAGCUCAGUCCUGCUACGACUACUCCGACAAACAGGCUGUCCCCAUUUCUGUGCCCAGCUACAAACACACUGAGCUCAACCAGGAAAAGUUUGUGGUAUAUAAUGUGUACAUGGCAGGCAGGCAGCUGUGCUCCAAGCGUUACCGGGAGUUUGUGAUCCUACACCAAAACCUUAAGCGGGAGUUUGCCAACUUUACAUUCCCCAAGCUGCCAGGGAAAUGGCCAUUUUCCCUCUCGGAGCAGCAGCUGGAUGCGCGACGCAGAGGCCUGGAAGAAUACUUAGAGAAAGUGUGCUCUGUACGGGUAAUUGGAGAAAGUGACAUCAUGCAGGAGUUCCUGUCUGAAUCAGAUGAGAACUAUAAUGGCGUGUCAGAUGUGGAGUUGAGAAUAGCCAUGCCGGAUAAAACCACCCUCACUGUCAGAGUUCGCAAAAACUCUACUACAGACCAGGUCUACCAGGCUGUGGUAAUGAAACUAGGGAUGGACAGUGUAACAGCCAGCUACUUUGCUCUGUUUGAGGUCAUCAACCACACCUUCGUGCGUAAGCUUGCCCCCAACGAGUUCCCUCACAAACUGUAUGUACAGAACUAUACCUCAGCCAUCCCAGGAACCUGCCUCACCCUGCGCAAGUGGCUCUUCACCACAGAGGAGGAAAUUCUGCUCAAUGACAACCAGCUUGCUGUCAACUAUUUCUUUCACCAGGCUGUGGAUGAUGUAAAGAAAGGGUUUAUCAAAGCAGAACAGAAGUCUUACCAGCUGCAAAAACUGGCAGAGCAGAAGAAGAUGUCUAUGUAUCUGAGUUUGUUGAGGGGUUGCGAGGGCUACAACGAGAUCAUAUUCCCCCACUGUUCGUGCGACUCCCGACGUAAAGGCCACGUCAUCACAGCCAUCAGCAUUCACCACUUCAAGCUGCACGCCUGCACCGAGGAAGGGACACUCGAGAACCAAGUGAUUGCAUUCGACUGGGGGGAGAUGCAGAGGUGGGACACAGAUGAGGAGGGCAUGGCCUUCUGCUUUGAAUAUGCACGGGGAGAGAAGAAACCACGCUGGGUCAAGAUAUUUACACCUUAUUUUAACUACAUGCAUGAGUGCUUCGAGAGAGUCUUCUGUGAGCUGAAGUGGAGGAAGGAGGUGGAAGAGGAGGCUACAGACAAGGACAAUAAGAACUGCAGUAAAGAUGGUAUGUGUGGCAAGAAUAUUUUCCAGCUGCUGAGGCACAGAAGGGAUGGAGGCACCUAGGAAGGGAGAUUGUUACCUCUUAACUACACACCGUCGUCAUUGACUCAGUUUUUUGGCCCUCAUCCUGCCCUACAUCCAGCCACACUCAGCUAUUAACUACACGGUCAUCAUUUACACUCCGUCAUCCACAACCUGAGAAACUACCCCUGAUACAUGCAAACCAACAAACAUCUGCGAAUGAAAAAAAUCAAAUAAACCGAAGCAUAAAAAGCUUAUACACACAUGAACCAGGAACUCUAGCACAUCAUAAUCAUGCAUUAAGCAGAGCUCUGUCAAAAAGAAACGAGGCAUCUACAGACUUGAAGUCACAGAUUCAAGCAAGCCUUCUUUUUCUCUUAUUGGCAGGGACUUGAAGUGGAAUGUGACAUGCAAACAAGGAGGUUUUGAGUCUUCUCUGAAGUGGUCCUACUUGGACAAGAAAGCGGAAGCAAAUAAGGAAUUCAUGGUGGACCAACAAGGGAAUGUGAAAGCUGUUAGUGCUCAUACAGGGGAACACAGAUCAGCAAUACUAAGGGUUGACCACAGGGAGAUACUUUGCUUCUCAAUUUAUGGAUUAGAAUAGCAGUGUCUUCUUUAACUAUGUGUGCAGGGGGGAGUGGGAGGCCUAAAACGCAAGGGGCCAACCAGAGUGAAGCCCUCAGAAUGUAAGUCACAGCUGAACAUACAUCAGUUUUCAUCUGUUUGGCGCUAAAUCUACAUUUAUAAAAGAAAACUAUUAACAUUGUAAUGUGGCAAAUGAGAGAAGGGAGAGAGAAAGCAGAUGUUUUGUAGGACUGUUAGACACAUUUUUCUUUAGAGAUCUGGGUACGCAGAGCAGACAGCUGUGAUGGUUGAACACAUGAGCAAGAACAUGUUAAACUUUAGACUAAUGUUGCACUUUAUCCAACAGUAUUUACAACCUCCAGAUGUGGGAAAUGUAACCUAAGAAUCAGGUAGUGGGCAUAAUACUGGAAGAAGCCAGGUCUUAUUUAGUUUACGUUCAUGUUUGACUGACUACAGUAUGAUAAUGCACUGCAUCAUCAAAUGGCGUGUGCAGAGCCAUGCAUUUAACUUUCAUGUGUGUGUAAUAUUAUGUUAACUCUCCAUUCAAAUUUUUUUGAGAGCAGCAGUGAUGUGGGGCACUGACCAGUCAGGUGAGAGUGUAGUACACUGUGUGUAGUGUGUAUUACCCAGGUAGAACAGCAGGGGUCCUCCUCUUCCUACCUGCUUUCUGGCUCCCAGUGAUUACUUUGUUCCUGGGAGCUCCCACAGGAUUUAUACCAGGCCUGUAAUUCAAACAGACUUUCUUUACAGCUCUAUUUAUCUCUGUAGCUGGUAUGUUCCUGUACUGUCAUGCACUCCAGAUUCAUGUUAAGUGGGAUGAGGAUUUCUGAGCAAAAAAGAGCAGCUUGCACCCUCCGUCAGCACGAUGAAUAGGAAGAUCACACACAUUCACUAAAGGCUUUGUGGCAACUGAUCAUAUAACUGCAGUGUAAUAUAAUAAACUGUCCCUCUAAAUAAGCCCAGGUAAUGUUGUAAUUUUUAGAUGAAUAUAAUCAUGAUAAUAACAAUAAUCUGAUGAUGCAAUGCUGACUGAAGUCAUUAAUUACAUCAUUAACCUGACACUCUAUAUACUAUUUUUACUUAAUCCUGCAGAUGUGACAUGUUCACUUGCUACAAGCUUUUAUGAGAUGAGCUCUCCUGUUUAAAUCAUUAUCAUGUUAUUAAUAAGGAUAUUUCCAAAAAUCUGUAAACUAUAUCAUGAUGUGCUUGAUUUAUGCAAAAUCAUCAAAUUAAUGGUCAAAGCAAAGACAUUCAUUCCACUGUUGCACGUCAGGCCUAUCCGAGACCUGAGACCCAACUUCAAAUGUGCAAAACAAAAAACUUGCUCCGAGUCAAUAAGUUGGGAAAGAGAGAUGUGUAAAAUAAUAACAUGAUAAGGGCAUGUGAUCAUCAUAUGAAGCCAAUGAAUGUCAACAAAUGAUUAUAUUCAAUUGCCCUAACUCCUAUUCGUCUCUCGAUUCGAUUUUUGUCAUCGGCAAGCAAGGAGUUAUAGAUUCAGUGGCUUUCACUAAGAGUGCUUGUGAUGAUGAGGAUGAUGGUGAUUGUGUGGUGCUGUUCUAAAAAGCCAUGUUGGGUGAUUAAUGAGCUUCAACAGACCUUGGUGGAUGUGUAAAAGAGGUUUAAUUGAAUGCGUUUAGGUUUGAAUCGAGCGACUGAAUGCGCUGUCGUAAAAGGCCGAACGUAUUUUCCAGGACUCUUGUCUGUUUAGUGAAGCACGUCUGAAGCAGUCCAUUGUCAGACAUCGUCUGAUCUGCCCACCUUCAGGUGUGCGCUCUCUUUGGCUCACUUCUCUCUCAUUCUCUCACUCAUUCCAAUUAAAGUCAAGAGUCACUUGCAUUAUUUAUAUCAGUAUGAUACAAUCUUUAAUUCUGUUGUUGAGUUUUUCACCUGAUAUGGUUUGGCUUUCAAAGAGACACGCUGAGAGGAGAGGAGGGAUUGAAAACCCUGCAGGUUCUUUUGACAUGUUGAAAUGUAAAAUUUAAGACAAAGUGUUUGGUUACGUCGCUUACUGUAAUAAAUUGUAACAUAUUCUUUUAAAUAAACUGAUUUAUUGAUGCAAA